AUGUACAAAAAUGACAGCCAAAUUCAAGAAAUCAUUUUAUCUGGAUUUCCAGACCAACAACAUCUCCAAGGCUUAUCCUUCAUGGUGGUACUUCUCAUCUACUUAUUUAUAGUUUUUGGCAAUAUGCUGAUAUUACUCUUGAUCUUACUGGAGCCCAGUCUCCAAUUACCUAUGUACUUCUUCAUAGGGACUUUAUCCUGUAUAGAAAUCUGUUAUACAGCCGUUACUAUCCCUAAAAUGUUGGCCCAUCUUUUGGCCCAGAAGAAAAGGACAUCUUUCACUGAUUGCCUCUUACAAGCUUAUUUCCUGCAUGUGCUGGGAGUUGCUGAAUGUUACGUGCUCACACUAAUGGCCUAUGACCGCUAUCUGGCCAUCUGCAAGCCAUUACGAUACUCUACCAUUAUGACCUUUGGCUUCUUUAUAAAAUUAGUUAUUGUAUGUCUUCUGUGGUCAUUAUAUUCUCCAGUUGUGGAGACAAUUUUUAUCUCACAUCUUACUUUCUGUGGUCCAAAUCAAAUAGAGAAUGUUUUCUGUGAUUUUCCUCCUAUCAUUGAUUUAGCAUGUUCAGACACCAGAUUACUUAAAAUGGUGGAGUCUGCCCUCAGCUCUUUGAUCAUGCUAAAUUUUUUGUGUGUUCUCCUUUCUUAUGUGAAGAUUGUAUUCAAUAUUCUGAAGAUUAAGUCUAAGGGUGGUCGCCAGAAGGCCUUCUCUACAUGUGGAGCUCAUCUUACUUUUGUUGUGUUAUUUUUUGGCAGCAUUGGUUUCAUGUAUAUACGUAUAGCUAAGUCCUAUUCCCCAGCCUACAACCGGUCUGUAGGUGUCACCUUUGCUAUCAUUGUACCUUUAGCUAACCCUGUCAUAUAUGGCUUGAGAAACCAGGAAAUAAAAAAAGCUUUUAAAAAACGUUUGAUUUGCUUGAAAUACAGUUGA